AAUAAAGGAUGUGAGAAAAAAAAAUGUUUCACUUGAAAACAGGAACAAAAAUCCACUAGGCAGCAGCAGGAGUCACAUGAUCUAUCCGGGCGGCUCUGAAUAAACGCCACAGAUAGUCGGAGGUGAACAUUAGGUGGAUACAAUAACUCUUUUCUUUGUAUUUUAUUUUGGACACUACAUUGAAAGUUUUUGGUCGCACUGCGCGGUUGCGUCAAAGCAGUGAAAUUCUUUUUGGCAACCCUGAUGCAUUUACAGUGAUAUAAUUCUUUUUUUUUUUACUGUUGUCGGAUGAUAAAACUUACUUCUUGAUGAGUCUAAAGUCUGAUUGAGGCGUGUUUUGUACUUAAGUGCUUCGAGGCUGAGCUCCGUCAGACCAGCAUACCGUGUUCCUCUUUUGUACCUUUUGUGUUCAAGACGAUGAAGUUGAUCAUCCUCAAUGACUACGACCAGGCAAGCGAGUGGGCUGCCAAGUACAUCAGAAACAAGGUUUUAUUGUUCAAACCUGGUCCGGACAGAUAUUUCACGCUGGGACUCCCCACAGGAAGCACUCCUUUGGGUUGUUACAAGAAACUGAUCGAGUACUACAAGAAUGGAGAAAUCUCAUUCCAGUAUGUUAAGACUUUCAACAUGGAUGAAUAUGUAGGUCUUCCCAGAGAUCACCCUGAGAGCUACCACUCCUUCAUGUGGAAUAACUUCUUCAAGCACAUAGACAUAAAAGCAGAGAACACCCACAUCCUUGAUGGCAACGCCACCGACCUGCAGGCAGAAUGCGCAGCCUUUGAGGAAAAGAUAACAGCUGCCGGAGGAAUCGAGCUCUUUGUUGGAGGUAUUGGACCUGAUGGCCACAUCGCCUUUAAUGAGCCUGGUUCAAGCCUGGUUUCCAGGACCAGGGUGAAGACCCUGGCAAAAGACACUAUUAUGGCUAAUGCCCGAUUCUUUGAUGGAGAUCUCUCAAAGGUGCCCACCAUGGCGCUGACUGUAGGAGUGGGCACUGUCAUGGAUGCAAAAGAGGUCAUGAUUCUCAUCACUGGAGCACACAAGGCUUUUGCUUUGUAUAAAGCUAUAGAGGAAGGCGUGAAUCACAUGUGGACAGUGUCUGCGUUCCAGCAGCACCCACAGACUGUUUUUGUAUGUGACGAAGACGCCACCCUGGAACUGCGAGUCAAAACUGUGAAGUACUUCAAAGGGAUGAUGCACGUACACAACAAACUGGUGGAGUCUCCUCCCUCAGGGUCCAAGAAUUGAAGAAAUGUCUUCCAAACUUUGUUGAUUUAUGUGGCAUUUAAAAAAAAGAUAACACUCUAAUGAUUCCUUCAUCUUCUAGGGGUGAAACAUUGGUGGACAAUAAGCAGUGCUUGGAGUUUACCACAACUAAUUCUUGUAGAAAUUAUCAGGUGCUGAUAUAGUGCAGCUUUUCAGGUGAUUGUUCACACAGCCUUGUUUCUCAUUUGUCCUUUUUAAUAAAGUACUUUAAAUUUGUA